GCCGCCAUGCCGACUCCACAAUCAUUUAUUCACCUACCUGCCUGACACUAGUAUCGAGAAUUGACCGAGGACGUAGAUAGGAGCGUGUGGUGUACACUGGAGCCCACACGACAGGCAGACUAGUGCAGCACACCUUCGCUAAGUUUAAUGUUAACAUUAUUAAUAAUAUUUGUAUUAGCCCCGUGUUAGCAUCGAUGUGGGUGCACUUGUAUGCUAGUUAGCUGCUAGCGGCUAACGUUAGCUGAGCCAGUGACAGUCCGGCCAGUGGGAGGUGGGGAGAACUGCGAGAUCAAAUAAAAGUUUCCAUGUAUGACUUGGCUCUUGAAAUCAACUGCAAUGUCUGUUGACGAAGACAACGUAAAAAACAUUAGUCCACAAGCUAGCUCAGCCUCAUCUCUUCAGCUUUCGGAAUGUUCUGGAAGUUGCAGCGGGGUAUCAUUUCUAGUGGUGGAAGGGGCAGCUGAGGCCACCUCGGACUUGGCUGCUUCUUUCCCAGUCCCCGGCACUGCCGCCUCACCAAAACACACCAGCACAGUGGACACUCUGAGCCAUUCGCACAGCACUGGGCCGAGAUCUAAAGGAAACGAAGUCAGUAGCAUCAAUCGCAGGAACAGCUUCCAUCAUGCGAAACAGCAUCAACAAAUGAGAGUGGCAAAACGCCGUAACACUUCAAACUUUAGUUUCAAGCACCCGACCUCUGGUAAAAGGAGACGACGGGCAAACUCAGAGAGUGACUCCGUCCUGCCCACUAACUUCCUUCUAGGUGGGAACAUUUUUGACCCACUAAAUCUCAACAGCUUGCAGGAUGAAGAGGUCAACAGGGCACUGAACGCAGAGACCCCAAAAUCGUCCCCAUUGCCAGCAAAGAGUCGAGACCCUGUGGAGAUCCUUAUCCCCAGGGACAUCACCGAUCCUCUAAAUCUCAACAGCUGCAUAGCAGAUAGCAGCUUUUUGGUGUCCCCCUUCAAAAGCAGCGGAAGGAGGAGGCAUCGCAACAGACAUCAUGGUGGCACCAUUUCAACCCAGUUAAACCUUUCAGAAUCUGGGAAAAAUGAGGUUAAAACUGGAGACUCUGUGUCAUUUCCUGGUACAAUUGCGCGUUCUAAUCUGGAAGUCUCGAAACCGUCAGACAGAGUCUCCGGUGGUGAGGGGGAUUCACGGGAUCACUCUGCAGAUGACUCAUCAGUGUUCAAGGAGGAGGCGACGUCCACAUCUGUGGAGGAUUCCACAUCUUCCUUUCUGGGAGGUGCUAUCCAACACAUCAGCAGGCGCAAGCGGAGGCGCAACUCUGGCAAAAUGGACCCCCCUGUUACUCAGUCUACCCCUGUAGCAAGAUCUGUAUCUUGUGAGCAAAAUCAUAAUCCUCGGGGAUCCAAAAAUUCCUUUCAUACGCCCAGGAGUGGAUCUAAAUCUGCUCCAGGAGCUCGCCAGCAGCCCCAUAACCAGGCAAGGGACCAGCAGAAGAAGAAGUUCCAGUAUGGGAACUACAACAAAUAUUAUGGUUACCGCAACCCGAGCGCAAGUGAAGACCCGCGGAUACAUGUCUUUCGUCCAGAGUGGUUUGAAGGUAAACAUGUCCUUGAUUUAGGCUGCAACUCGGGUCACCUUACGCUGUAUAUUGCCAAAAUGCUGCGGCCCGCCUGCAUAUUGGGUUUGGACAUUGACAAUGGGCUGGUGCACGCUGCUCGCAAGAACAUAAGGCAUUACCUCUCCGAGGUGCAGACGAAAGAGGCCAGGUGGGCAACGCGGGAGGAGAAGCGCAUCGGCCGUGCGAGUGAGGAGAGGCGGCACACCGAGGGCAGGGAAAAUGGCAACACACUGAAAGGGGAAAGUAGCCAUGCAAAGGCUGCGAACGGCAAGGACUCUUGUGGCACGGAUCAGGUCAAGACUCAGAGGCAAGAUGGCAAAACGGAAGAAAUAAAGCAGGAAGGCUGCGAUCAGGCCGGGAGCUGUUCUUUCCCUCUGUCCCUGCAGAUCUCCCGGGGGCCCAUUGCUGCACCAUCUCUUACUGAAUCAUCCUCUACAAAACCAGGGGAGUUCCCCGCCAAUGUGUCCUUCAUCAAGGCCAAUUAUGUGCUGCAGAAUGAUAACCUGCUCAUUACUCAGCGGCCCGAGUACGACGUGAUCCUGUGUUUGAGCGUCACCAAAUGGGUUCACCUGAACUGGGGGGACAGCGGCCUCAAGCGGCUCUUCAAGAGAGUCUACAGACAUCUUCAUCCUGGAGGCCUCUUCAUCCUGGAGCCACAGCCAUGGCAAUCCUACGUCAAGAGGAAGAAGCUGACUGAAAACAUCAACAGAAAUUUUCACAACAUUCGCCUCAAGCCGGAUCAGUUUUCAUCCUAUCUCACCAAUGAAGUGGGCUUUACAAGUUGUGAGUUCCUCGGAACGCCCAAGAGUUUAACGAGAGGUUUCCAGAGACCAAUCUACUUGUUUCGGAAAUGACCGCUUCUGCCUUGUGAGGCUAGUGAAUGUGAGUUACCACACAGCCAGCUGUUGGACUGUUCCAUCACCUGCUCAGACUCUUGACAAGGGACAUUCAUUAAGAAGGGGACCAAAAGCAAGAUACAUUUUUUUGUGACGAUAAAAUGACUCUUCAGUCACAGAGGAAAAGGCCCUCGGCUUGGACUUACCUAUUUGCAAACGAUACAUGUGAUGCAUGGCUGUGUCGUGCGUUUGGAUACCUUGGGCUAUAUAUCUCUUCUGUAUUAAUACUGUUGCGUACCACCGCAAUGACACAUGCAGCAUGUAUGGGUGCUCAUGCAGAAUUUUCUGUUACUACCUUUCAAAAGCAGUUUUAUUCUCCUCCAUAAGCUCAGUGUGGCCCAACUUGAGCUAGUGAUUCAUUCCAAAGGCAUUACACCAAUCAUACUAGCAGGAUGUGGCCUUUCUGUUGGAUAAAAUGGUUACGUUGUCGGUGAAAUUCUGCUUUUAGUCCAUCAGCCUAAAUGUAGUUUGUUGAUUGCUGCCAAAUCACAGCCUUGAUGUUGCAUAUUUGGCACACUAUUGCAAAAUGAGGCCCAGGAGAUGAAUGAACACGAGUACAUUAAAAGUCGAAGCACCCAUAAUCUAAAGAACGACCCGUGUAAAAGAGAAAAAUGAUACAUAGUACAGUAUAUAUUGUAAAGUUUGCAUUCAGAUCAGCCCGAAACAUGGUCAAUUAGCAACCAGUAAAUCUCAGUGCACAGUUGGCAUCCUCUUUGAAAUGUUUCUUUAAACAACAGGGCUUCUUUUUUCCAUGCGGCUUUAAAAGUCGUGUGUUAUUUUCCAGUUUGGAAGCUUUGGAGGCGACACCAUAUCGGAGUCAUAUGGCUUUAUUGGGCUGUUGUGAUACUCCAUCCUAAUGGUAGGUGGCACAUUUGAGCCAUGAUGACAUGAUUCUGGCUACUUCGAAAGGUGCAUCUUCACCAUGCUUCUAUCAAUUGUAAACAUGUCAGUGAUGCCAUAGCUCCACUUUUACGUUCUGUUAAUAAUCUUAUCCAUGUUGAGCUCAUGAAUGUAGAAUUGAAGCAGCAAAGAACCCAUGGCAGAGUUGCUACAGCAUCUUGAACACAGUUUAAAUCCAACAUCUGCCAAUUACGCACAAUUUAAAAGCAAAUGAAUGCACUCUGAAGUGAUGACUAAACUGCAAGACCAUACCAUGCCUUGUUUUAAGAAACCUAUUUGUAUAGUAAUCUGCUGUUUAAGGUGCUGCCAAAAUGUUUUAUGGGUCUUUUGCACUUGAACUUUGACGGUAUGUCAGCUGUUUAGUACUAACAGUUGUCAUUUACAGGCAGUCAGUGAUGAUUGUACCUGCAUUUGGUGUGCACAAGCACUGCUUAUCUUUCAUUCACUGCAGACCGGCACAUUUAUUCUAAGGUGAUAAUUGAUGUGUAUGUUUCUGUUCAUAAGUGAUCAAUGUACAUAUGUUUGGAAUUUAGUUUUAUUCCUGUUAUUUGGAAGUUAUUUACUGUUCUUAUUUGUUUUUAGUUGAUUUGUGCUUGCCUUUGUGAGUCAGAGGUGUUUUUUUUUCCUUUUUUUUUUUUUUUUGGCGGUCCUAAACAGGAUCAGUAAAAGAGCUGAUGUAUAAUGCAAAUUGAAAUUGUUGUGUGACUCUACCCCUGGAAGGAACAUGGAAUUUCUACCCCCACCCCCCACCCCCGACCCCUCCUCCUUGAAUACAGGGAGCUGGUGUCAAUGCGCUCUUUUUUUAAAUUUUAUUAUUCUAUAUUUGUUUUGUCUUCAUUAAACAUGCUUUGUACAUGUCAGGCUUUCCCCCAAAUUCAAAUACACUUGCAUCAAAUCUUUUAUUUACUGUUAUGGAUUACAACAUACAGGUUACAUUUGAAAUUUAAUUGGCCUCACCAAAAAAACAUCUUUCUCUUAAGCUAAGACAAUCGGAUUCUCAGGCAUAUAUCAGACCACGGCUGUAAUACCAAGGGCCAAUUUCUUUGCUUUAUUGCUUUUCUUUUCUGCAAAGCACAUAAUGAACGUUUCUUUGGUAAUAAUACUUAAAUGUCCGGAAGUGUUUUGCCUGAUUGCACCUUACUGUCUCAGCAGUGGUGUCCUAACUUCUAAAAUGUCACAACCAGGUAUCCAAGCUAAAGCGUGUCUUUGCUGCACAUAGUGUGACAUGAAAUAUAUGACACAGUAAAAAAAAAAAAUAUCCACACUCCUAUUGGGGGCUUUUACUCAUCUGUGUACAGUACAGUCAAUGUUAUUUUGGUUUUUUAUAUGAAAUAGUACAGUUUAAUGGCAAUGGAAAAUCAGAUCUCAUGUUCCAUUUGCAGCAGUAAAUGGGAAAUAAAUGGUGCACAUUUUGAUACAUAAUAGCCCUUAAGGUGUUCUUCUAUUUUUUAGAUAAUAUGGUAAUAGGGAAAUUUAAACUGGAUAAUAAAAAAAUUAAGUUUAUCCAGUCACAGAACAGAUACAUAAACUCAAGAGUUGUAUUAUUUUUAGCUGCAAUAUAUUUCAUGUUAAAUUUGCACUGAUGACUUGAGGGAAUAAAGUACAUUUCUGCAGGAGAGGUUUGUGUUUCUCAUGAACCUUGAUGUUUGUUUUUAUUUAGGGGUUGGGGGCUGCUAUCAGAAUAAAAUUUUCUUCCUGUCAGGGAAAAAUUAUUUUCAUGCCUCUGAGCUACAAACUAUAGUAUCUGAAUGUUUCUCUGUGGUAAACAUUUGAAAUUAUUAAAAGUGGUU